AGGAAAAAAAAAGAUUUCUCACACUUUGAUGGGCUGAUGGGGCCUGGGCCGAAUCCAACUUGAUCAAUUAAUCGUGCCGGUGAACCACCGCCGUGGACAUAUGCACGCCACCAUGGGUCAUAUGGUUCGGGCUCUCCGGCAAUGGCCGAUGUUGCAGAAACAUUGGUGCGGUUGCGCCGUGCAUCAAUUUCUCACCUCAUCUCCGCCGUGUGUGACCAACAGAAUUGACUCUCGUCGACUCUCUUUAGCUACCGUCCAUUCCGCUCGUCGCGAAGUCCAAUAUGGUUCAAAAGGACUCAGAUUAUCCAAUGCUCCAGCACCGACUAAAUUCCAAGAAGAUGAGAGCGUUGAUGACGAUUCUGAUGCUAAAAAGAGCCGCAACCAGCUGAAACGUGAAGCUCGACGCGCCGUCCAAUGGGGCAUGGAGCUCGCCGCCUUCUCCACUCCUCAAAUUAAACUCAUCCUUAGAGCGGCGUCCCUCGAGAGAGAUGUCUUUGAUGCAGUAAUGCUUGUGAAGAGGCUUGGACGUGAUGUCAGAGAAGGAAAGCGAAGGCAGUUCAGUUAUAUUGGAAAACUGCUAAGGGAUGUUGAUCCUGAAUUAAUGGACAGCCUAAUACAGGCCACAAAAGACGGUGACCAGGGCAUGCUAAAGACACUAUCUGGUUCAAUAGCUUUUGAUGAUGAUGAUGAUGCAGAAUCCGAAUAUGAGGAGGAAGAAGAGGGUCCGCAUGUGGAUACUGCAACAAGAUGGCUUGAUGGGUUAAUCAAUAAGGACAACAACAUUACAAAUGAAGUUUACUCGCUACAAAGUGUUGAGUUUGACCGUCAGGAGCUGCGUAGACUUGUUCGAAAAGUGCAUUUGGUUGAAGAACGCAAGGCGGCAACUGAAGAGAAUGAGGAUGAAGUCAAUAUGGAAAUAACAAACGCUAGAAAGUCCCUUACUCGUUUUCUUUGUAGAAUGGCAAAACAAUUGCCCUCCUAUGAAUUCUAGUGCAAUUUUAUUUGUGCAAUAUAUUAAUUUAGCAUUCUUUCCUAUGCACACUUGUUUUUAACCUUUCAGACUGUUUACUCUCACUCUCAACACUCAGGUUUCUUUUCCUUUUC